CAAUUAAGAGACUAAAGUGUCGUGCAAUUGAAAUAAUGUAAAGUUUUCCACCAAAAGCCAAUAGAAAUGAGUGAAUUAAAAAAAUUAAAAAUGAAAAAAUAAACGAGAUUAUUCUCACGAAAAGAAGAAAAAAGGAAGGAAAAAAAAGAGAAUAGUGAAUUUUUGUUCGUUCUUCACUGUAAAAAAAAAGUUGCAUGAACGAAAAGUAAGGAGGAAUAUAAGUAAAGAAAAAUAAAAGAAAGAACGUGAAUUGAAAGAGGAAAAAAGGAAUAUACACGUAUAUAUGAAAGUAAAAUAUUAUAAGAAAUGAGAAGCUUUUACCACAUGAAAAAGUCUGUAAGGAAAAAGUUUCAACUUUACUCAUCUUAGAUUAAGAAAUGCGCUUAGGAUCAUCGUCAAUAAAUGAUCCUUUAAUUGGAGUUAGUAAUGAUUAUGCUGAGCUUUGUGACCUGGAAACAUCAUCAUCAACAGUUUCUGGUCUAACGUCAACCACCGCAGGAACAAAGCCACGUUGGGCAGCUUCAUCAAUAAACAAUAGACGAAAUGUUAGUGCAAUUUAUAAUCAAUCGGUUGGCUCGAGCAGCAUGACUCACAUACGAAAUAGUUAUGAGGCUGAGGAUAUAUCAACAUAUGAUCGAGCACGAACGAUAGGAAAUAGUACAGGCUCCCUAUGUGGAUUAGGUGGUGGUGGUAAUAGUUCGUCUUCUGUACCGACAGGAGCAAGUCGUUAUUAUUCUCCACCAGGAACAUCAUAUACAAUUAUUGAACGCUCACAUUCACCACAUUACUAUUAUAACGCAGCUGGUGACCCUUUAGCAGCAGCUGCGAGCAAAUCAAGAGGAGGUUAUUACCUCGACACAUUAAAACAGAAUGGUCAAAAGAAGAGACCUAUAUCGCCUGAACGAAUGUUUCCAAUCACCUCAUCUUCAUCUACACCAAGUAGCUAUCAUCAUUUACUACCAAAUGGCCGAAAUUCUCCACCGGUUACGUCAUCAUCACAUCAAGUUUAUCACAGAGCAGCACGUGAUCGUUCAAUGAUUACUCGAACAGUUACUAUGUCCCGAGACCAGCAGCCAGAUGGUUCGCAUGGUUUUGGGAUUUGUGUUAAAGGCGGACGAGAAACGGGUAUCGGCGUCUAUAUAUCACGAGUGGAAGAAGGAUCGGUUGCUGAACGUUCAGGGUUGAAACCAGGUGACACUAUACUCGAAGUCAAUGGUACACCUUUCUCAGGAAUGACACACGAUGAGGCACUUACGAGAUGUGUACAGAUUUUGAAAUCAUCGCGGCAAAUCACGAUGACGGUGAGAGGGCCGACUUCACUGCAUGGUUUUGGACCUCCGGCAAGUGCCACAGAUGUAUUUAAGUCUUCACCAAUGACGGGAGCUCUUUUAUCACCUCCUUCACGACAAACUUGCUCAUGGAUUGAUCGACAUGGUCGACCAGCAUCACCGCCUUAUGACUUUGAAGGACGAAGGUCUGAUAGACAUGAAAGAGUUCGACGUGUUGAAUUAGUGAUAGAGCCUGGUCAAUCUCUUGGACUAAUGAUACGAGGUGGCAUUGAAUAUGGUUUAGGAAUUUAUGUCACCGGCGUAGAUAAGGAUAGCGUGGCAGAUCGUGCUGGACUUAGUGUUGGAGAUCAAAUUCUCGAGGUCAAUGGACAAUCAUUUAUGAAUGUGACCCACGACGAAGCAGUAAAUCAAUUUAAAUUUCACAAAAGAAUGUCACUGGUUGUACGUGAUGUUGGUAAAGUUCCACAUUCAUGUACAACAAUUGAACCCGAACCGUGGGAUGUUGGACGACGAAAAUGUCCUGUAUCAGCAAUGGUUGAGGAAAAAGCUCGAAGUCUAUUGCCACGACAUCAAUUUUCCAAUCUAUCUUUUUAUAUUAAUGAAUAUGGUGCUCGAGGACUGACAGUGGAUGCUUUCGUUUCCAUUUUACUGGAAAUGUUAGACACCCCAGAAAAGCACACACUAGUUACCGAAAUUAGAGAAUUGAUUUUUCCUGAAGAUCGACCGCGGUAUGAUGAACUCGUCUAUAGACGGAGUAAAUUGAGUUCACGAAUGGAUUAUUAUGAUUCACAUAGAGCUUCCGAUACGGAUGUAGAAGUGAGUGAAGUGACAAAGAAAAAGCACGUAACAAUGACGGAUGAGAAGACAAGUUCCCGAUCAGGCACACCGAAAAUGAAUGCUUCAGGCACUGAUAUAAAGAAUCGGUACUGGUUUUUAGAACCACCAGCUCCACUUCCACAAGGACCAUCAAUACAUCGUCACUCAUCUAUGCGACAUUUGAGUUCCUCCCAAGGACACAUGUCUGAAAUGUUAGCGCAGGCAAAAAAGCGUUUUACACCACCACCUACAUUUGCAAAAUCAUCAAUGAAUAAUGCUAGCAAUUUUACUUAUGGCAAUCAAUUUAAACAAUUUAGUCCUCUAGAAUCGAAAUGUGGUGAUAAGCUUUAUAAUCCAAGACCAAGACGAGGAAGUGAUUCAUUGUCACGUCUCGAUUAUGAUUCGGGUAGCUAUUUAGAAGGAAUUCGAACGCAAAUAGGCGGUAUAACUGAAAAAGUUAAAUCAUGGUACUGGGGUCGACCUUUAUCUAUGCAGCGUUUGCCAACCGAGGAUAGUGAAGCAAAUUUAGAUUUACGAAAUCACGAAAAUUUAUCACACAUUGUACCUGAUGAGAAUGGCAAUUUGUUUAUUACCGUACGAAAGACGAAAGCGAUAUUGGGAAUAGCGAUGGAAGGUGGUGCAAACACAAAGCAUCCGCUACCUAGAAUCAUUAAUAUACAUGAACAUGGUGCGGCGUAUGAAGCUGGUGGCUUAGAGGUUGGUCAACUCAUUUUAGAAGUUGAUAAUACGAAAGUUGAGGGAAUGCAACAUCAGGAUGUUGCUCGUCUCAUAGCUGAAUGUUAUGCAAAUCGUGAUCGUAAUGAGAUCACAUUUUUGGUUGUGGAAGCGAAGAAAUCAAACCUGGAGCCAAAGCCAACUGCUCUUGUUUUCCUUGAACAAUAGCACCUUUUAGCAAUGUCUCCGAUGGAUUUCUCAGCAGUGCCAGAUUCCGGCAUCGACUUAACUCGUUAGAUAAAAUAAUUAAAAAAAAAAUCCAAAAAAAAAAAAUAAAAAAUAUGUUAUAGUAAUUUCCAAACAUGCUUCUACAUAAUUCUUAUCAAAAAUAUUUUUUUCGGUUCCACCUUACUAUUGUUUUUUUUUAUAUUCAAUAAAUUUCUAAUUCGAAAACACCAAAAACACAUCAUCAAACUUUUUUGGAAAUUAUCAAUCAAAAUUGAGUUAUGUUGGACAAAACAAGCAGAACAACACGUCCGACAUAAUUAAAUUUCAUACACGAUCAUUUUUCUAUUAAGUUAACAAGAAUAUCGAGCUGAACAAUUUCACAAAAAAAUCCACAUUAAAAACGAGAAGAAUCAAAAUUUUCAUAAUCAAAUUCGUAUUAAAAUCAUGUACGAUGUGUUUUUAUUCUGAAAAUGAUGGCAGUUCCUCUGUGUCU